UCGUUUACGCGGGGGAGGGCUUUGGGGGAAGGUUGUGUUUCCGGAAUCACGCAUCAUUCACACGUGUGGGGAAAGCUGGCGUUCCAUGUUGUCAGGCGUCUUCUGACAACCACCAGAAGCAGUGUGUGCGUUAAGAAAUCUGUACAAGUGCUUGACCAGUGGAAGAUAAGAGAGGUUUCCCAAAUCCCCAGAAGUUUCCUAUUUCUACCUUUCGUUUCUCAGCCCUAUAAACACUUCACUUCAAUGGCAGAAUCAGACCCUGCACUUCUCUCAACAAAGGUUGGAGAGAAGAGAAGCUGUUCGGAGGAUGAGGAGGAAGACGCACCUUCAAAAAAGCCAAAAGUUGAGAUUGAUCAUAAAAAUGGGGGUGCACCCAAUCAAGAUGAGGAGGAGCUCGAAGGGGGAGCAAGUGACAGAGAGGAGGAUGGUGAGACCUUUGCUGACAUGAUGAAACACGGCCUAACUGAGAUGGAUGUGGGCAUCCUGAAGUACGUCAGCGACCAUGAAGGCUUCUCAGGAAUCCUGAAGGAAAGAUAUUCUGAUUUUGUUGUACAUGAAAUCAACAAACAAGGCAAGGUGGUGCAUUUAGACGACCUCUCUAUUCCAGCCGACACUGAGGAGGUCUCACAGCCUGAGCAGCAGCCAAAAGAAUGUAAUGUGCUAACUGAGGAGCAGAAAAAGCAGCUUGGUGAGCUGCAGCUCUUCAAGAAUAAAGAGGGAAAUGUCUCCAUUGAGGUGAUGGAUGACACAAAAGAGAAACGGACGCUUGUCCACAAGGCCAUCAAGACUCAGUUUCCUGGUCUGGAAACAAAAACAGAAGAAAAAGAUGGGCACAAGUUUAUAGUGGCUUACCAUGCUGCUGGGAAGAAGGCUUUAGCAGAAGUCAGAACAGCUGCAGCUCCAAGGAAACACUUCUGGCCCAAACACCGUGGCAGUUUCUGCCACUUCACCCUGUACAAAGAGAACAAAGACACCAUGGAUGCCAUCAAUGUGCUUUCAAAGUUUCUCAGACUUAGACCCAACAUGUUUUCCUACAUGGGAACCAAGGACAAGAGGGCCAUCACUGUGCAGGAGAUAGCAGUCCUCAAGAUCACAGCAGAGAGGUUGGCUCACCUCAACAAGUGUCUCAUGAACCUAAAACUUGGAAACUUUUGCUACAAAAACCACCCACUGAAGCUGGGAGAGCUGCAAGGAAACCAUUUCACUGUGGUUAUCAGGAACAUUUCAGGAACAGAUGAGCAGGUCCAUCAGGCCAUGACUUCCCUCAAACAGACAGGCUUCAUCAACUACUACGGCAUGCAGCGCUUUGGCACCACGGCUGUGCCCACACACCAAGUUGGCAGGGCUAUUCUGAAAAAUGACUGGAAUGAGGUGGUAGAUUUAAUUCUGAAACCUCGUCCUGGAGCGGAGAAAGAAUUUCUGGUCCGCUGCAGGGAGGAGUGGGCAAAGACUCAGGACCCAGAGGCAGCACUGAAAAAGUUGCCCAACAAGCGCUGUGUGGAAGGACAGCUGCUUCGAGGCCUGUCCAUGUACGGCAAGAAAAACAUCGUCACAGCCUUUGGACUGAUCCCCCGUAACAACCGGCUGAUGUACAUCCACAGCUACCAGAGCAUGGUGUGGAACACCAUGGUGAGCCGCAGAAUCGAAGCAUUUGGCCUCAAGGCUGUGGAGGGGGAUCUGGUGCUCAGAGGAACCACAGCACAUGUGCUGUCUGCAGAGGAGGCUGAGAGUCGCUCCAUCCAUGACAUUGUGAUGCCACUUCCUGGGUUUGAUGUCAUCUACCCCACUCACCACGUUGGUAAAGGUUACAGAGAGCUGCUCUCUGUGGACGGGCUGGACAUCGACAACAUGAGACACAAAGUAAAGGACUAUUCUCUGGCAGGGGCCUACAGACGCAUCAUCAUCAGACCCACUGAUGUCAGCUGGGAGGUGAUUCAGUAUGAUGAUCCUAGGAUCUCUCUGGUGCAUACUGACUUUGAAAAACUGGAGGGCAAACCUGCCCCUGUCUUCAACAAAGAGGGGAAGUACCGGGCUCUGAGGAUGGAGUUCUCCCUGCCUCCCUCGACCUAUGCUACCAUGGCAAUCAGAGAGGUCCUAAAGCUGGACACCAGCAUAAAGAAACAGACGCAGUUAAACACGACCUGGUUCAACUGAGAGCUCUUUCAGGCAGGAACUGGACUGUUGCAGUCAUUUUUUUUCUGUGGCUGCAAGUGUUUUUAAGUGUGUUCUGUGUGAGUGAGUGGAGAUUUUGUAUGAACCUUGAGUUAGUUUGUUGAAGUACAAAGAGCAACAUUUAAUCAUUCUUUUUGUUAUGGUUUUACUUGGAAAGAUUUCUGUGCUGCAGUGACUCUGCAAUAAAUUAAGUAAACGUUUUGCUUUCAGCAUGUUUACAGAUGUAGACAUUCCUGCUGCUAAUUUGUACAGAAAGUUUUUUUUUUUCCUUUUUAGCUUGCAGCUGUGAAUAAGAGAAUACUCUAGAUGAAGAAAAAUAAAAAAAAAUGUCAAGAUUAAACAUGCAGUUUGUGUUUUAGCUGUUUGUAGUAAAGCUUUUCCUACAUUUCCACAUAACAUAAAUAAGAUUGAUGUAAGACUGUCUCCCUCUGCUGGUCAGCAGUAUUAAAUAUGGCUUGUAUA